AACACGAAACUCGAACUGAUCCUUGCAACAAUCAUCACGAUCUAAAUUGUUCUUGAUGUGGGUGUUGGUUCUUUUUUUUCUUUGUUUUUAACAGGAGAUAUUGGUGAGAUUCAAUCAAAUGGAGUAAGUACUUAAGAUAAUUGAUCGUAUAAAGAAUCUUAUCAAACUCUCUCAAGGAGGAUACGUUGCUCUUGAGAACUUGGAAAAUAUCUACGGUCAAAACUCUCUCUUGUCCAAGAUGUCAAUUUCUCAACUCUGAAUCGUGAUUUCUUGCCAGGCAAGCAAGCCGUUUAGGUUUCUCCACAAAGUUCAUCAAUUUGCUGUCUGUUUUUAUGCUUGUGCUUCUCAGAUAUGGGUUUAUGGAAACAGCUUUAAAUCAAUGCUUGUUGCGGUGAUUGUUCCAAGCCAAGAAACCGUAAAACGUUGGGCUAAAGAACUUGGUUUUACUAAACCAUUCGAAGAAUUAUGUUUUCUCUCGGAGUUACAAGAACACAUCAUUUCAGAACUGAAGUUCACGGCAGAGAAGAACAAGCUAAGAAAGUCUGACUACAUCAAAGCAGUGAUGGUGGAGACAAAACCUUUCCAUGUAGCGAGAGACUUAGUGACUGCAACGCUCGAGAACCGGAGUAACAAUCUGCUCAAGUAUUAUCAGGUACAAGUCGACGAGAUGUACCGAAAAUUGGCGUCAAAGAAGAUCUGAAAGUGUUGCGAUGAUGUGUGUGCUGCUAUUGAUAAUUAUGUUAUAUAUAUAAUACCAAUAAUUGAUAGACACGAGCCUUAUGCUUUCUGUAAUGAAGAUAUAGAUGAGAAAACUCUAAUUAAUUCGUUUGAUACA